CACCAGGCCAGAUCUCCGCCUUCCUGCUUCUCUCUCCGGGCUGGUGGCUGUGGGGGGCUGUGGCUGGGGACAUGUUUGGUGCUUGGGAUCGCCGGGACCAGCCCCCUGAAGCGGUACCAGCGGCAGGGCUCCAGGGGUUCGCCGUGGACAAGACCUUCCUCUCGUCCCUCAAAGGCAUCCUGCUGGAAACCGAGCUGGCCCUGACGUUCAUCAUCUUUAUCUGCUUCACGGCCUCCAUCUCUGCCUACAUGGCGGCGGCGCUGCUGGAGUUCUUCAUCACGCUCGCCUUCCUCUUCCUCUAUGCCACCCAGUACCACCAGCGCUUCGACCGGCUCAAUUGGCCCUGUCUGGACUUCCUGCGCUGUGUCAGUGCCAUUGUCAUCUUCCUGGUGGUCUCCUUUGCUGCUGUGACCUCCCGGGAUGGAGCUGCCAUCGCAGCUUUUGUUUUUGGCAUCAUCUUGGUUUCUGUUUUUGCCUACGAUGCUUUCAAGAUCUACCGGACAGAGCUGGUGCCUGGGCCCAGCCAAGGGGACCAACAGUGACCCAGGGCUUAACCCGCUGCCAAGGACCCACCAGACACAGGAACGGUGGAGCCCAGACACACUCCUUCGAAUCCACAACCCUGCCCCACACCCAACCUGGCUGGAGAAGCCCCGGGGUCUGUCUGUGAGCUGGUUCCCAUGAAGGUUCAGCCAGGCAG